UUGUGGGAUUGCAAUCCUGAAACGACAACAAACUAUUCUCGCUGUUUACCGCCUAUAAACACAUAUAACGGUUGAAUUCGUACUUAUUAUUCAUCCGCGUUUCGUUGCCCCACACCGGAGAGGGAGCGAUGGAGCACGUGCACCUGGCUGUGGAGGAGGAGGACCUUUAUUCCGGCUACAACGACUACAAUCCGACGUUCGACUCCGAGGAGUUGGAGAAUGACGUGGGCUUCCAGCAAGCAGUGAGGAUAAGUCAUGGAAGAAGACCUCCGAUGACUGCCAAAUUUCCUGGCACUGCCAUUGGAGCUCGGCCUUUAGCGACUUCCAUUGGCGCUCGGAUCCCUUUGGUCUCUUCAAUGGGCCGAACCAUGACCGGAGCUGUGCAGGAUGGAGCGGCCCGCCCGAUGACGGCCGUCAGAGCCGCCGGUUACACCUCAUCUCUGACCCGCGGCUCGACCUUUGACCCUCUGGGUCAGUCCAGAGGCCCUGCAGCUCCACUUGAAGCAAAGAAUGAGGACACGCCCGAGGAGAAGAUCAAGAUCCUGGAGAAGAAAGUAAACGACCUGAUAAAAGAGAGCUGCAUGGCACAGAGCAGUGGAGCCUCACAGCUGGCUCUUGAAAAAGCCAAAGAGGCCGGGAGGAAGGAGAGAACGCUGGUGAGACAGAGGGAACACUCUGGCAACGCAGACCACAUCAAUCUGGACCUCACCUACUCCGUUUUGCUCAACCUUGCCAACCAGUAUGCGAACAACGACAUGUUCCCAGAGGCCCUGAACAGCUACCAGGUGAUCGUGAAGAACAAGAUGUUCAGUAACGCAGGCCGCCUGAAAGUCAACAUGGCCAACAUCUACGUGAAGCAGAAGAGCUACCCGAAGGCCAUCAAGUUCUACCGGAUGGCUCUGGAUCAGAUCUCCAACGCUCACAAGGAGAUGAGGAUCAAGAUCAUGCAGAACAUCGGCGUGGUCUUCGUCCGCAUGGGCCAGUACUCGGAUGCCAUCACGUCCUUCGAGCACAUCAUGAGCGAGAGCCCCAACAUCAAGACGGGCUUCAACCUCAUCCUGUGCUACUACGCCAUCGGGGACCGUGAGAGGAUGAAGAAGGCCUUCCAGAAGCUCAUCUCCGUUCCUCUGGGCGUCGACGACGAAGACAAGUACCUCCCGUCUCAUGAUGACACCGACUCCGAGAUGGUCAUCGAGGCCAUCAAGAACGACAAACUCCACCAGAUGGAGAGAGAUCUAAAAGUCCUGGCUGAGAAGUACAUCAUGACGGCGGCUAAGCUCAUCGCUCCAGCCAUCGAGACUUCCUUUGUGACCGGAUUCGACUGGUUUGUUGUUUUUAGUUUUCUCAACAGCAGGUGUGUGGACAUGGUGAAGAGUUCUCAUUAUGUCGAGCUCGCCAACGAUCUGGAGAUAAACAAAGCCAUCACCUACCUCAGACAGAAGGACUUCAACCAGGCGGUGGAGACUCUGAAGACGUUUGAGAAGAAGGACAGCAGAGUGAAGAGUGCUGCAGCCACCAACCUCUCCUUCCUCUAUUUCCUGGAGAAGGACUACGACCAGGCCGACCGAUACGCCGACCUUGCCAUGACCGCUGAUCGCUACAACCCGGCAGCGAUUAUCAACAAAGCCAACACGAUGUUCGUCAAGCAGGACUAUGAGAAGGCUGGAGAGUUGUACAAGGAGGCCCUGAGAAAUGACUCCUCCUUCACCGAGGCCCUCUACAACCUGGGUCUAACCUACAAAGGACUGAAUCAUCUGGAGGAAGCUCUGGACUGCUUCCUGAAGCUCCAUGCCAUUCUGAGGAACAGUGCCCAGGUCAUGUACCAGCUGGCCAACCUGUAUGAGCUUUUGGAGGAACCCCAACAGGCCAUCGAGUGGUUGAUACAGGUCUUGAGUGUCACCCACACAGACCCCCGGGCCCUGGCCAAACUGGGAGAGCUCUACGAUGGCGAGGGAGACAAGUCCCAGGCUUUCCAGUACUACUACGAGUCCUUCAGGUACUUCCCCUCAAACAUCGACGUGAUCGAGUGGCUCGGGGCUUACUACAUCGAGACGCAGUUCUGCGAGAAGGCCAUCCAGUACUUUGAAAGAGCCACGCUCAUUCAACCCACUCAGGUGAAGUGGCAGCUCAUGGUGGCGAGCUGCUACAGAAGAAGUGGAAACUACCAGAGAGCUCUGGAAACGUAUAAAGACAUUCACCGCAAGUUUCCAGAAAACAUGGAGUGCCUGCGUUUUCUGGUGAGGCUGUGCACAGACAUGGGACUCAAGGAAGUUCAAGAAUACGCCACCAAGCUGAAGAAAGCGGAGAAGAUGAAGGAGAUCAGGGAACAGAGGGGGAAGUCGGGCCGGGAGGGCAGCGCCAGAAGUCGGCGAGAAGGGAGAGAGGGCAGUGCCGGCAGUACCGAGAUGGAUGUGAAAGCAGACAGCGGCCACAGCAGCAGCAGCAACAACAACAACAAAAGAGAGCGGCUCAGCGCCAAGAUGAGGUCACUUCCUGGUUCCAACGAGCCCUACGAGGCCAGCAGCCCAAAGGAAAUAGAUGCGUCCUACGUGGACCCGCUGGGGCCCCAGAUGGAGAGGCCGAAGACUGGAGCGAAGAAGCGCGUUGAGGACGACGACUUUGCGGACGAAGAGCUGGGAGACGACCUGCUGCCGGAGUAGCUGCUCUUUAGCCCCCAAGAGCACGGAAACACAAGACCUCACUCUUCGUGAGGUGAGACGUUGUCGAUGUCUUUGACUAGAUUGUUAGGUCAAUAUUGGCAGAGGAAUACCUGGAUACGUAUACUGUACUGGUUUUCCUUCUUGCACAAUGAAUUGUGUUGUCAAUGUAAUUGUGUUUAUAUGCAUAGCCGAUAAAGUGCGUAGAUGUUGAGCUUUUCUGGACAAACGGCUCCUCUAAACAGGUUCUCACCCAAUGUGGAGGGGAACACAAGGCUGCAUUUUAACCCCAGUGUUUGUGGCACACAGCCAAAAACAAUGCAAACAUAUCGCUGUCGUAAUAUUUUUCACUGCGAUGAAUGUUUCUAUGUGUGAGAGAGAGAGCAGCUGGGAGCCUUCGGGAACAUCCAUCAACACAAACUUAUGUAAUCCAUGCGUGCCGCUGUUUUUUUACAUUUUGUACCAUUUAUUACUUUGUUUGUAUAAAUAAAAGAGAUCAUAUUUUACCUAUUCAAGAA